AUGGAGGCGCCCCCGGGGAGGGGCCCGCGCGCGCGGUCCGGGGCGCCUCCCGAGCCCGCGCGGACCAUGGAGGAGCUGCAGACCCGCCUGCAGGAGACCCUGGCGGAGCUGACCCACCGGGAGCUGAGCAACUUCCGCCACCUCCUCAAGACGGUGGACGAGGAGCCGCGGGUGAGCCCGCUGCAGCUGGAGCUGGCGGGCGGCAGCGCGGCGGGGCUGGCUCGGCUGCUGGCCCAGCACUACUACCUGCCCGCCGCGCCGCGCGUGCUCGCCCAGGUGCUGCGCCGCCUGCCCCGCGCCGACCUGCUGCAGCGCUGGCAGAGCCCCUCCGCCGGGGACCGCGCGGUGAUUCCAAGAAAGAUUCUAAAGAGAAGCCAUGACUGUGUGGACUCUGAAUUGGACUAUUACGACCUGAGUGGCAGGCGGAAAGCUUUCCUCAUGUGUGUGAAGAAGAACAGGCCCGGAGCUCACCGUGACAUCACGCUGAUGAAGGAGUGGCUUGGCCAGUGCCAGUUUGAACAGACAUCUUGCAUUGAUCCUGAGAAGAUGGAGUUCCUCGAGCAGAUAACAUUAUUUCGUGAUGGACUAAAUGAAAUUAAAGAAGAAAUUGGCUGUUGCCUCAUUAUUCUGAUGUCCCAUGGAGAGAAAGGCUUCAUUAAAUCAAAAGAUGGUGACAAAAUCAGCCUGGAAGACAUCUUUGAAAUGUUCAACAAUAAAAACUGCCCAGCACUUCAGGAGAAGCCAAAGAUCUUUAUAAUCCAAGCUUGCAGAGGAGAGAGAAGAGAUAAUGGUGUGGAAACAGAUGAUGAGCCCAUGGAUUCUGAUGACAUAUCAGAAAAAAAGAGGCUGCCCACAUUCAGUGAUUAUUUCAUCAUUUACCCCACCCAGGCAGAUCAUGUCGCAUUACGUCACCCCCGCAAUGGCUCUGUGAUGAUUGAGGCGAUGAAUGACGUUUUCAACCAGUAUGGGAAUAAGUGGCAUAUUGCCGACUUUUUCACUAAAGUGAACAACAGAGUGGUCCACACUGAUUUUCAUCUGGGCGAGGAUCCAAUCAAAGUAUCACUUGUCAUGGAGUCAACUUUAACUAAGUUUGUGUACUUCUGACAUCCGGAAGAUGAAAAUAAUGGACUUCCUGAAGAGCUGUGAGGAGUUGUAGCGUUGUCCCAACAGUUAUCUUUAGGCUUUAUUUCUGUUACCACUUGUAUUUCUCUAAAUCAUUUUGUAUAUAUGUUAUUAUUAUUUUUUUCUAAGACUUAACAAGGCUUACGGGACACUUAUCUGUAAGUUUAUUAUUAUUUUUUUUGUAAGUUUACUUUUAGGUUGUUUUCUGAAAAUGUUUUUCAUGAAUUGUUACCAGAAUGUAUAAGUACAGUUUCAUAUAUAUAUAUAUAUAUAUAUAUAUAUAUAUAUAUAUAUAUAUAUUUGUAUAUUGUUUUUGCCAUGUUCUUCUCUUGCUGGUACCCCACCCUCUCCCACUCUGUUUGGUGCUGGCAUAAAGCCUCAUGUUCCUUGGCUUAGUAUCAAGAACUGCCUUUUUGUACUCUUGUUCUGCUUCACCUCACUUCCCCAUAUGUUAUUGUCCGCAGCCAGACCACUGUCCUUUUUGACUCAGUAGGCCACCUGAAAGCCUUGCCCAAGUCUUUGCUUAUACUUGUGCCCCAUGUACCUUCAUGCUUUCACCUUCCACCUGUUCUCCAACUUCUUCCUCGCUGCCCUAGGACCUUUGUAUUACUGGUUUCUCUGCCAGAAACACUACUCCACCACAUGCCAACAUUCUCCCCUCCCUCCCUUCCUCCCUCCCUCCCUCCCUCUGUUCCUUCCACAGGAAAGCUUCCUUUCACACCUCUCUGCUAUCAUUGCUCAGAGACCCAGUGAUUUCCUUCUGUAGCACUCAGCGCUCCUGUCCUGGUAGUUUACUCUCUUUCCAGUUUAGGAAUAAGCUCCGAUAGACAGAGGCCAUGUGUCCUGUUUAUUGCUGUAGUCCCAGUGCAGCCUGUGCCUUAAGACACAGAAGCCUUGUGCGUGUUUAGUGUAGAGCUAUUUCAUCCAUUCUUCAAGCCCCAUUACAUUACCUGUGUACAUAUUUAGUCACUUGCUACUCAUCUUCCCCUACUGGAUGCUCCACAGCUGCAUUAACUCUAGAAGCUGGAAGUUAACCUGUUUCUCUUACAUCUCUCUCUUUUCCAACCAGAGCACUGUUCACCUCUGGCUUAUGGUGAUACUGGUGAUUGAACCCGGACCUUUGCUGCCUCAGGCAUGAAAGUCUUUUUGCAUGGUCAUUUUGCUAUCUCCUUGCCUCUCUAAAAUCUCUUGGUAAAACGUAUUCCAUUCCAUGGUUAAUAAUCCUUUAACAUAACCUCCUCCCCCCCCACCCCCCACCGUCCUACAGAAUAUACCCAAAUUCUCUUAGAAGAAUAUUCUUUCUUGGUUAUUGCUGGGGCUCAGUGCCUGCACCAUGAAUCUACUGCUCCUGGUGGAGGCCAUUUUUUUCCUCUUUUGUUGCCCUUGUUGUAGCCUUGUUGUGGUUAUUAUUGUUAUUGUUGAUGUUGUUCGUUGUUGGAUAGGACAGAGAAAUGGAGAGAGGAGGGGAAGACAGAGAAGGGGAGAGAAAGACACCUGCAGACCUGCUUCACCGCCUGUGAAGCGACACCCCUGCAGGUGGGGAGCUGGGGGCUCGAACCAGGAUCCUUAAGAAGAAUAUUCUAAGUCCUUCUCUGCCAGACCUUAAUGUGUACUACCCAUGCACUAGGACUGCCCCGGGUCUUGGCCACACCAGAUGUGCUCUUCUUUCUCUGCGUCAGGGCGGUGCGAUAAUGGAUGUUGAAUGAAUGCUCUUGGCAAUGUCGUCCCAGUUCCUGCUGUCCUUUCUGACUGAAAUCACCCAUGUUUCCUCUGUCCCAUAUAACUUUCAGGGUGCAAUUAGGUCUCUGUAGCAUGCUUUUAAGUUACAUGGAACAGAGGAUAUAUAUAUAUAUAUAUAUAUAUAUAUAUAUAUCCCACUAGAAAGAAAAGCUGGCUGCAUUGUAUGCAUACCAACAUCUUUAGGGUGACAAACUGAGGAUUAAGCAUGAAUUUUCAAUGAAGAAAUAAAUUUUUUUUAAAAAGCAUGAAUUUUUUUUUUUCCUCCUCCAGGGUUAUUGCUGGGCUUGGUGCCUGCACCAUGAAUCCACCGCUCCUGGAGGCCAUUUUUUUUCCCGCUUUUGUUGCCUUUGUUGUAGCUUCGUUGUGGCUAUUAUUAUUGCCCUUGUUGACGCAACUCGUUGUUGGAUAGGACAGAGAGAAAUGGAGAGAGGAGGGGAAGACAGAGAAGGGGAGAGAAAGACAGACACCUGCAGACCUGCUUCACCGCCUGGGAAGCGACUCCCCUGCAGGUGGGGAGCUGGGGGCUCGAACCGGGAUCCUUACACCGGUCCUUGUGCUUUGCGCCACAUGCGCUUAACCCUCUGCGCCACCGCCCGACCCCCAAAAAGCAUGAAUUUUAACUAGUCAUACUCUGUAACUUUCUUUGUAACUGGAUUGUACUGGGACCUGUUUCCCUAUCUGUAUAAUAAGAGGAUCCGGUUGAGCUAACUGAGAACUCAUCUGGAGGGCCCAGGCGGUGGCACACCUGGCUAAGUGCAUUUUACAAUGUGCAAGGACCUGGGUUCAAUUCCCAGGCCCCACCUGCAGGGGGAAGCUUCACAAGCAGUGAAGCAGCACUGUAUCUUACCUUCUCCCUCUCUAUAUAACUCCCUCCCCUCUCAACUUCUUUCUGUCCUGUUAAAUAAAAUAAAGUUAGCGGGGGGAAAUAAAAAGACUCAUCUGGCUAGACUUCAGUCAGUUUUGACUGAGUGAACUCGCUCACGAAUAUCCUAUAGAUGUGACUGUUCCCAAGCCUGGGAAUUGAUGCUGGCCUUUGCAUUAAGACUGUGGAGUCUGUGAAGACACAGUUGUUUGGUGAGAAUGCUGUGAAGACUGAGGACCAAAUUGAUGUAACCCAGAAUCUCCACGUCAGGGAUAAUUGACUUUUUUUUUCUUUAGCUAAUUAUAUGUAUUUAAUUUUCAACCUGUGCAUUGUUAUUUGAUAUGUAACUUUUUUUAUAGGGCAUUAAAACACCUUGAUUAAAAAAUA